AUGAGUGGUUUGACAUGCAUACUAUGUUAUAAUGAUCAUACUGAAGAUGAAUGCGAAGAAUUUACCUUAUUACCUAAAUUACCUGGAAUUGAAAAAAAGUUAUGCUCAUCGACCACUAGUAAUUUAUCCAAAGUUUUGCUAUCAUUACCAACUCAAAUUCAACUUCGACGAUGUGACGAUUCAAUCUCAUUUUAUUCAACGGUGAGAAUAUUUAAGAACACAAUCAUCGGUCCAUAUGAUGGUCGAUUUAUACCAGAAGAUAAAAUAACAACACCACCACGAAAUGGAUUUUUAAUUAAGAUAUUUCGUUCACAAGGCAAUUUUGUUUUAGAUGCACGUGACGAACGUAAAUGCAAUUGGUGCACAUUAAUACCGCCAGCAAAAACUUCACAAGAAAUUAAUUGUCUGUUAUUUCAACGAAAAUAUAAACUUUAUGCAAAAGUGGUGCGUGAAAUUAAAUCGAACGAAUCAUUAAAUAUAUGGUAUUCGGCAAAUUAUGCACAAAUGAUUAGAGCAAAAGAAACACCCGAUGGAGAUAAAUUUAGUAAGAAAAGAAACUAUCCAUGUAUUCUCUAG